AUGAAAUACACAUCAAUUCUUCUACUAUUAUAUUCGUGGGUUUCAGUUGUGCUCGCAUUUACGCCGGACAUAUCAGUCAUCGAAUCUGAUUUCAUCUCAAAAUUGAUAAGGUAUUUUGAUGAUUCAGCGAAUGUAUUAAUCUUGAGGGACAAGAAAGCAUUUAUUUCGUUUGAUGAUGGGAAGCUGUUUAAUCAAGUGAAAGGAAUUGAGGAAGACGUAGUGAAUAUCCAAUUUGACCCAUUUGUGAAAAGCCGAGCAUUCAUUUUGACAAUGACAAAACACCAUUACGUGACAACUGAUAAGGGGAAAUCUUGGUCAAAAUUUACGUCCAAUGUUUACGAGUUUGAUGGUAAGGGGUUGGCAUCAGUACCGAAAUUAGAGUUUAAUGCAGCUGAUCCAAACUUGCUACUUAUGUCAAAUUACGAGUGCCCCGAUGAAAAUUAUAGUCAUAGAUGCCAGCAUGUUUUUCACUACACCAAAGAUGGUUUCAAGUCAGCGUCUAAGAGAUUACCAAUCAAUGCACAUGUUUGUAGGUUCUCAAGGGCCACGCAAGAAUCUGAAAUUGCAAACAAGAGAACCCUUUACUGUUCAGAAAAUGAACUCAACUCUCACAAGCACAUUGUCAAGUCUCGUCUUUACAAAUCUGAUGACUUUUUCCAGUCCAAGAAAGAAUUUGAUUUAAUCGAGACUGGUAAUGGAGCAAUAAUUGACAUCAAGGUCGAGGAGAAUUUUUUAACAGUGGUUAUGAGAAAUGACAAGUUCAAUGAAAAGUCAAAAGUUGAUAUGUAUGUUUCAAAAGACGGGGAAAAUUUCCUUAAGGCAGAUCUACAAGUUGACGUGAAGUACGGUGUCAUGAAAUUUUAUGCAUCAUCACCAUCGGCAUUAUUCCUCCUGACUAUGGCAUACGGAAGAGGUACUGCUCGUGCUUCAAAAUUGUUUAAAUCGGAUUCAUUGGGUUUGCAUUUCACUGAGGUGCUUGACAACAUUGCCAGUGAUGUUGUAUUAAAAGUGGAAAACAUUGAUGGAGCUUGGCUCGCUGAUAUUCAAGUUGAAAGUGAAGAGGAUGAACCAAAGUCGCUUUUGGAUAUCAUUUUUGGCGGUGGGAAGGCAAAGGAUUUGAUCACUAAAUAUUCAUACAAUGACGGUGAGGAUUGGAUCCCUCUUAAGCUGAACAGCGAUGGCUGUAAACUUGAAGACGAUUGUUCUGUGCACUUGUGGUCAUUCACAGAACUCGGUGGCGAGGGAAAAUUUGUUACAGGACCGACACCAGGGAUCUUGGUUGGAGUAGGGACAGAAGGAAAACGUCUUAGUCAUGAUUUCAGGGAAAUGAAAACGUUUGUAUCCCGUGAUGGCGGAUAUUCUUGGGACUUGGCAUUGGAAGAAGCUUGCGUCUUUUCAUUUGGUGAUCAGGGGAAUGUUAUUAUAGCCAUGCCUUAUGCUGGAGUGAAACGUAAUGACCCAGCGAAGUACUUCUAUUACUCCUUAAACCAAGGUAAGGAUUGGGAGAAAGUUGAGGUCAAGAAUGCGGUUUACAUUUUGGAUUUUAUAACCACUGCUGAUGGCUCGUCACGUAAGUUUUUGAUUCAUGGUAUCAAGCCCGACUUUAAUAACGGUGAAGAUAAAGAAUUGUUGUACCACAUUGACUUUUCUGAAGCAUACAAUGGCAGGACAUGCAAAGAUUCAGAUUUUGAAGAAAUUUAUGCUAGACAAAUUCCUGAUAAUGAACGUCUUUGCAUUUAUGGACACAAGGAGAAGUUCCAAAGGAGAAAGCAGGAUGCCGAAUGUUUUGUCAAUAAAUUGUUUGAAGAUGUUAAAGUCUAUGAAGAGCCAUGUCAAUGUACUGAACUGGAUUUUGAGUGCUCUUUGGGAUUCAAGCUAAGCGAAAAGGGGGGCGACAAGUGUGUUCCUGAUCCCAAAAUGAUUGCAAAAUUGUGCGAGUCCCAAUCAAAGGAUGUUCUUGAAAUAUAUGACAAGUCAAAAAUCAAUGGCAAUUUGUGUGAAUUGAAAAGCAAAAAAUUGGAUGAUUUUGCAAGCAAAGAGAAACUCAAAUGCUCUGAUUACACGAACCCUAAAGAUGAUCCUAGUGGCGAUACUCAAGAGAUUAGGAUUACCUCGAGUGAUUUUGAAGGGAAAUUAUUUCAAUAUGCAUAUCUCAAAAACACCGAGAAUGGUAUUUCUGACAAUGUGAUUUUGAAAACUAAUGAGGAUAAAGUUUGGGCAUCUAAUAAUGGAGGCGUCAGUUUCGUUAAAGCACCAAUUCAUGAAAAAAUUCUUGGUUUUUACACGGGAAUCAUCCCUGGUCAAGUCGUUCUUGUGUCUGACUCAGACAUAAUUUUUUAUUCAGAGGAUGGGGCAGAAACAUUUCAAAAAUUCAAAACGCCUAACAAAUUUGUACCAGUGGUGAGGAAAGCUGUUGCUUUUCACAAGACAGACGCAUCCAAAUACUUGUGGCUUGGUGGUGAUUGUGAUGGUGGUGACACCAAUUGCAAAGCAUCUGCUUAUAUCACCACCACUUAUGGAGAAUCAUUUAAGAAGGUUAUGGACGAUGUCCUAGCUUGUGAUUACGUGGGUCCAUUUUUCAAAAAACCAGUUGAAAACUUGAUUUACUGUAUCAAGUUGGAAAGUGACGGGAAAAAGAGUUUGUAUUCAAUUGACGGUCUGAAGAGUGCUGAAAAAAUCUAUGACGAUGUUGUUGGAUAUGCUCUUUCCGAUAGAUAUGUCGUUGCUGCUAUUGUCAAGGAUGGAUCGCUUGAAGCUAAAGUCACUGUUGAUGGUAAAAUCUUUGCUGAUGCUGAUUUUCCUAAAGAUCUCAAAGUUGAACCACAUCAAGCUUAUACUGUUUUGGAUUCAAGUUCGGGAUCAAUUUUCAUGCACGUGACAACCAGUUCGCAAACCGGGUUUGAAUACGGAUCUUUAUUGAAAUCAAACUCCAAUGGUACUUAUUUUGUCUUGUCGUUGGAUCAUGUGAAUCGAAAUGAAGACGGGUUUGUUGAUUUUGAUCGAAUUGAUGGAUUGGAGGGAACUAUAAUGGCAAACAUUGUUUCCAAUUAUAAAGAUGGCAAGGGACCCAAAAAAUUACAGACUCUUAUUUCGAGAAAUGAUGGAAGUGAAUGGGAUUACUUGGUUCCGCCGGCAGUUGAUUCCAAUGGCAAAAAGUAUGGAUGCAGUGGAUCUUCACUUGAGAAAUGCGCAUUGCAUUUACAUGGAUUUACUGAACGUGCUGAUUAUAGAGACACUUACUCCUCAGGUUCGGCAGUUGGAUUCUUGAUUGGUGUUGGUAAUGUAGGCGAGUAUUUAAGUGACAUGGACUCAGCAUCAACUUUUUUAAGUACUGAUGGUGGUGUUACUUGGAAAGAAGUUAAACAAGGAGUUUAUCAAUGGGAGUAUGGUGAUCAAGGUACCAUUUUGGUUCUUGUUGAUGCUGUUGGUGAAACGGACAAGUUUUUCUAUUCAUUAGAUGAAGGUGGAAACUGGAAUGAAUAUAAGUUUGCCGACAAGCCAGUUCGAGUGCUUGAUUUAGCAACGGUGCCUACUGACACUUCAAGGAAAUUUAUCAUUUUUUCCCAUCACCCCAAGGAUACCAGAGACACUUUAUCAUAUUCUAUUGACUUCACAAACAUUUACAAACGUCAAUGCCAAUUGGAUCUUGACCACCCAAAUUCUGAUGAUUACGAAUACUGGUCGCCAUCACACCCAUCAAACAAUGCCGACAAGUGUGUUUUCGGUCAUGAAUCAAAAUACUUGCGUCGUGCCGUGGGUCAUUAUGAUUGUUUUAUCGGUGGUGCUCCAUUGACUGAAGGCUAUACAGUGACACGCAAUUGUUCAUGUACUCGACGCGAUUACGAGUGUGACUACAAUUACUAUCGUGAUGCAAAGGACAAUACGUGUAAAUUGGUGGCUGGAUUAUCAUCAAAUGAUCGCAAAAAGGAUAUGUGUAGCAAACCAGGAGCAUUUCAGUACUUUGACAGCACGGGAUACAGGAAAAUCCCCCUUUCUACAUGCGAGGGAGGCAAGCAAUAUGACACAUUUAGUCCCCACGCAUGUCCAGGUAAACAAAAGGAGUUUAAUGAGUACUAUGGUCGUGAAGUCAAAGGAACCAAAUUAUUUUUUGUUGUAUUCAUCCCCUUGGUUAUUUUCCUUGGUGUUACUUGGUUUGUUUAUGAUCGUGGAGUUAGACGAAAUGGCGGGUUUGAGAGAUUGGGACAAAUUCGAUUAAAUGAUCAAGAUUUUGAUGAAGGGUUCAACCCAAUUGAAGAUAAUCAAGUUGAUGCCGUUGUUAACAAAAUCGUUAAAGGUGGAGUUUACACCGCUGCCGUGGUGUUUGCAACUUUUAAAGCAGUGCAGAAAAUUGAUCGAAUGGUUUUGGAAAAAAUCGGCAAUGUUGUGUUUGGACGUCGUGGAGGUGGACCAGGAGCUAGAAAUUAUGUGUCUAUUCCUGAUGAAGAUGAUGAUUUAUUUGGUGAUUUUGAUGAUGAUGUGGAUGAGGAGUUGGCGCAGGGGGCAAGAUUGAGUCAAGAGCAGCAUGGUCGCGAUGUGUUUGGUGGAGACGAUGAUGAUGUGUUUGAGUAUGAUGAUGAUUUAGAGGACCUUGGAUCGAGCGUUGAUGUUGAUCGAAGAAGCGAGGGUCAAGGUGAUAAGAAAUCUAAAGCGUCGUCAUCGUCAAGUAAUGAACGACUUUUCGAUAUUACUGAUGAGGAAGAAGAUGGUGACGAUAGAGUAUCAGCAAAAGGGGGAGUUGAUGAUGUUGAUGAUGCUGAUGAUGGUGAUGAUGGUGAGUCUAAUUCCAAAUAA